UUCCUCCUGCUGACAGAGAAAAAUAAAAUCUCGUUUGUUUGUGUUUGUCUCAGACUCUCAGUGUAAUAAUGGGUCGUCAAUAUUACUGUGAAUUUUGUGAGAAAUCAUUUGCAGACAAUCCGUCCAGUAGAAAAAAUCAUUUAAAUGGAACACAGCAUAAGAAUAAUCGCAAAAAUCAUUACAAUUCUUUUAAAGAUCCAGAUGAAAGACUUCAGGAAGAAAGAAGGAAAAGACCAUGCAAAAAUUUUCCUAGAGGAAUGUGUGACUUUGGUGACAAUUGCAGGUAUUCUCAUUUAACAGAAGCAGAUUUUGCUCAGCUAGAGCAACAAGUUUUACAAAAACGUCAUCUUAAUACAGGCCCACCACCAUCAUUAGAAGAUUGGCUGUCUAAGAGAGAUAAAAGACUUCAGUCUGAAAGCCCUUCUAUUGCACCUGAUUUAACUCUACCAGUUUAUACAAUACCAACCAACUUGAUGCACAUUCCAAAUCUUCCACCAUCUCUUUUACCCCCACCACCAGAUGUAUUCAAUAAUUUGAAAUAUGAAGAAUGGGGAUAACGACGGGGGAGAUACAUUCACAUUAAAUUUGACAGGAUCUUUUGAUUGGAAUUGUGCUGUGUGAAAUGAUUGUCAAAUAUUUCUAAGCUAUCUUAUCUCUACAAAAACUAAUUGUGACAGAUAUUGAUAGUUAUAUGAAGUUACAAUAAUGGAGGCGCCUCCUUAAUAGGAAAGGGAUAUGUAUGUCAUUUAGGCAUAGCAGGCUAAACUGUCAAAUUCUUAUGUGUCAGUGUCAGAAGUAAUAACAGUGAGGAGGAAUUUGGGAUGGAUGAUACUGACAGCCAGAAAUUAUUUGAUUGGAGAGAAGUAAAACUUUCUAAGGGACAUUUGCCACCACAGACAAUUAAUUCCCAUCUAGAUGAAAUUUCUUUUCUUUAUUCAGCCUAUUUUAUGCUCUAAAUAUGUAAAUAUGUCAAGAAAAACAGACUAAUGUUUAUGGUUUUAAUCAUUCCAAUCAUUUACUGCAAGAAAUUCAUUAUUUUUAUACAAAGAUAUCAUUAACAAACAAUAUAACAAAAAAAAAAAUGAUGUACAUUGGGUAUGAUUAAAAUUAUCACUAACCAUAAGAUAUGAAAAUAAACAUACUUGAAUAAAAUUGGACCAGAAUCAUAAACAUA